AUGUUAUGUCAUACAGCAGAUUCUAAACACGCAUCCAAAGGAUCAAGAGCUCUGGGGACAUCAGAUGAGUCUCUUGUCAAUCUGUCUAUUACAGAUUAUGGUGUUAAAGUAUUGGAAAAUGCCGAAGGUGAACUGGUGCGUUCACUUAAGAAUCGUGAAGUUUUUGCCUCUGCGCUAUCUUCUGGAAUUGCUGGGAAGGGAUCCAUAAUUGGCACAUUUGGUGCUUCUAGUUCUGCCUAUGGAACAAACAACAAACUGGUCAAACUCAAGGUUUUAGUAAUAGGGGAGUAUAAUACCUUGCGUUUCGUAAGGAAAGCUCUUUCUAGAGCCACGUUGGACAUGAGUUUGUUGGAAACCAGGCUAGUGUUUCAUUAUUCAUACAAAGAUACCACUUUCAUGGUAUUUUGUGAUGCACUUAAGCGUCCUAACAUGAUCGUUAUGGAUCACAACUUUGUUGUUCAAUUAGGGAGAGAUAAAAUCAAGAUACUUGUGGACGGAUGA